GCGUGCCAACUGUGCGCCUCUGACGUCGCUCCGAAGAUGGGCUCGGCCGGGGGACAGGCUCGCGCUGGCAGCGCCUCGCGUCGGCGCAGAUUCGACCGCGUUUCUUACCAGCGGGUAACGGCAAACAGACAGCUGGAGACGGAGUGUGACUGAACAGCGCUGUACCGCCUUUGCGAUCGCGGAUUUAGUCCAAUCCUCGGCCGGCGCUGUCACGACAAGAGCGCUGCCUGUAAUCGGCUUCCUCACUCAGGGAACAUCCCGGCGUUCCCAAUCCCAUUCCAGGUCCAUCACCUUGUCCGGACAGACGAGAAUCGCGUUAUUCUAGAGCGGGGGAGGGCUGUCUGCCCAAUUUCUUUCCCAAUUACAGCUUUUUUUUCUUUUCUUUUUUUACGUGAAAUGAUCGAAUAUACCAUGUAAUUUAACUGAAGCUGGCAAAUAAAUUAUCAAGUUUUUUUGUUUUAAUCAACGAAUUACCGUUGCGUUUCCAGAGGACCAUAUAGUAUAUUAUAGAUUUGGAUGAGAGCAUAUUUGCACCAUGAGUACUAGUGUACCCUAUCAGCGCAGCCCGUACGGUGGGAGAGGCUCCGCCCCCAUCCAGUGCUUCCGCUGCCGGGCGGUGUGUAAGGGAGAGGUGGUGCGCGUGCAGAACACACACUUCCACGUCAAGUGCUUCACCUGCCAAGUGUGCGCGUGUGACCUGGCGCGCUCCGGAUUCUUCCAGAAGAACGGCGAGUACAUCUGCACGGCGGAUUACCAGCGGCUGUACGGCACGCGCUGCGACCGCUGCAGCCAGUUCAUCACCGGGGAGGUGGUGUCAGCGCUGGGCCGCACCUACCACCCCCGCUGCUUCGUCUGCUCCAUCUGCAGGAAACCGUUCCCCAUCGGGGACAGAGUGACGUUCAGCGGGAAGGACUGCGUCUGCCAGCACUGCACGCCCAGCCUGGGCACCCCCAGCGAGCCAAUCAAAAUCCACGGGCCCAGCCACUGUGCGGGGUGUCAGGAGGAGAUUAAGCAGGGCCAGUCUCUGCUCGCUCUGGAGAAGCAGUGGCACGUCAGCUGCUUCAAGUGCCAGACCUGCGCCGCCGUCCUCACCGGGGAGUACAUCAGCAAGGAUGGAGUCCCGUACUGUGAGAUGGAUUACCACGCCCAGUUCGGCAUCAAGUGUGAGACCUGCAGCAGGUACAUCAGCGGGAGAGUGCUGGAGGCGGGGGGGAAGCACUACCACCCUACCUGUGCGCGCUGUGCCAGGUGUCACCUGAUGUUCGGCGAGGGGGAGGAGAUGUACCUGACAGGGUCGGAGGUGUGGCACCCUCUGUGUAAGCAGGCAGCUCGUGCUGAGCGUAAGCUGAAGCACAGACGCAUGUCGGAGACCUCCAUCUCCCCCCCAGGCUCCAGCAUUGGCUCCCCCAGUCGGGUGAUCUGUGCCAAAGUGGAAAGUGAGAUCCUGAACUACAAAGACCUGGCGGCUCUUCCCAAGAUUAAGUCGAUCUACGAGGUGCAGCAGCCGGAGCUGAUGACUUACGAGUCAUACCUGAGAUACAGCUCUGAUGAGCAACUGGAGCGAUACAGCUACGGAGAGUCCCUGGGAACUCUGUCUCCAUACUCACAGGAUAUCUAUGACAGUAUGGACCUCAGACAGAGGCGUUGUUCCAGUCCUGGCUACAUCGACUCUCCAUCCUACAGUCGCCAAGGCCUAUCUCCCACAAUGCACCACUCCCCCCAACACUGCUACCGCCCCGGCUCGGAGAGUGGGCGGAGCUCUCCCUUUUACGGUCAGCUCGACGCCCGCUGCAGCACCCCCACCGCGUACCAGCCCCCCAAGCAUUUCCAUAUGCCAGACGUCUCCUCAGCCUCCACGAGCAAGACAAGUGAGGACAUCGUGGAGUCCUCCAAGUUCCCAGCAGCCUACUCUCCCGAGCCCUACCAGCACUCCGAGACCGACUACUACCACUACGUGCGCUCCCCCAAAGCUUCUCGAGCUCCACGGCGAAGAUUUUCCUCAGGAGGAGAGGAGGACGGCUGGAGUCACAGUCUUCACAGAAUCCAGAGCGGGAUUGGGCGAAUGAUCCUUAAGGAGGAGAUGAAAGCCAGGUCUGGUUCCUAUGACAACGACCCCUGGGCCAGCUCUCGCAAUUCCCGCAGUGGCAGCAAGGAGGCGCUACACAGCAUGAGCUACAACAACACCGUCAACGGCUCUCCAAGGUCACAUUAUAGCCUGGACAGUGAUUCUUACAUCGCCAAGUCAGCGUCCCUCCCUGGAUACGGCCGGAACGGCCUUCACAGGGGUCGCCUCCCCCUGGUGUGGACUGUGGGAGUUAGACAGACUCUGCACCUGUGA